UUUUUUUUUCUCUUUCUUUUUUUUUUUUUUUCAUGACAUGGAUUUGUAUCGUCAAAGAAGACAACGGACACGAUGUCAACCUAUUUUAACCAAAAGACAGAUUCGAGAAUUAGGGCACAUGGUGAACCUGACCUCAUUUCGGCAAUCAGCAGAAUUUUUCAUGGACCCUUUUCAUUAUUUUACACAGAGUAAAACCAACAUGGCCAAGAUCCACCGCUAUUUAUUAAGCGAGGGACUGACCACGAUCCCAUGUCCCACCACCCAUAUUCGUCAGGGGGAUCACGCUCGUUUACUGAUCUCUAUCCUCUUUCCUGGCUAUCCCAUCGUGAAAGCCAGUGAAGCCUACUAUCGUUCGCAGAGAGAGAACCGUGGCCCCCAAGUCAAACUCCAUGAUCUCGCCUAUGACCGACUCCCGACCACCGACCGCUAUGAACGUCUCGAAGAACUGUUUCGCGCCGACCUCGGUGCGGGUGGCUGGACGUGCCAUCCGAGUGACGACGACACAGACAAGAAGGACGGUACAAAGAAGAAAACCGGCCCUCGUCAUGUGGACUAUACACUCGCGAUCCCCUUGAAGAAACUGAACCGAUCGAUCGUCCUCGAAGGCCACGCCGACUCUACCUUGAACGUUCGAUUAUUCAUGUAUUUAUGGAGUUCUGAACGUAUGGCUUGGACACCCCAUCCCGAACAGCUGGAACUCUUGGUGGACAAUGCCGAGAAGGAAAACAACAACAACAACACCACGUCAGCCGUCCAUGCGGCCGGGUUCAAGCAUAUCGAUAUGACAGACACAUCGGCGCUGAUCCUCAAAGCCAACCGAAGAAGUACACAAACCCUCCAAUUCAGGUUCCGUUUCAAACACGCUCCCCACCUUCCUGAUCUGCCACGACGGCCCGACCGUAUUCGACAUGUGUCUGUCUGUGCCGUCAUUGAAAAGACACCCGAAGAACUAGCGAGUCAGUUGUAUUUACAAACGGCCGCCUUGUACAUGGGAAGAGCUUUGGAAAGACACAGUCGACAGCCUGAGGUCGCCGAUGCCCUACAGAAAAAGGCAACCCACCUGUUGAACCAGUAUGAUAUGAAUGAUCGAUGGACGCUGUCAAAAAUGAAAACCUUGUUCUUGUCGUCUGCAGAGACCUUUCUCCAUGAAUGGAACGACACAGAGAAAGAGGAAAAAGACAACAACGAGGCUGACAAUGACGGUGAGAUCAUGGCCAAGGAAGAAGUCGUCUCUGUCUUGGAUCCCAUUCAUCUCGGUCGCAUUGAGCACCCAGCACGUUGUAUCUUUUGUACGCAUAGCACAACGUUUGAUGCCAUCCAAUUUUUUCGAUUCGAAAUCAAGUCGACUCACUGGCGUUGUCCCAUUUGUUUCGUACAAAUUCGUGGCCUAGAAGACUUGUAUAUGGAUUACCCUACAAAAUUAGCCCUUGACAAAUACCCCGAUGAACAAAGGUUCUUUAAAGAUGCUAAUGAUCACUAUACAUCCAUUAAAAUAAACAAGGCAUCCGACUCUCAAGAGGUAGAAGAAAGAUUAGGAAGCAAAAGAAAGUAUGAUGUCAUAUCACUCGAUGAGGAUGAAGUGUAAAAAACCCUCUCGUUCCGUCUACUGAUGGUAGAUAGCUCCAAAAUAGCCUGGAGGAUGUAAAUAGAAAAACAACUUUAGAUAAUGCUAUAGAAAAAAAUCAAAACAUCAUCUACUUGUAAAUAGAAUAUAGAUUGAAAAAAUUCUACCCUUUCACAUGUCUUUUUUUUCCUAGAUGUGUUG